UAAGUGGGAGAGAGAAUAGGAAGGUGCCCCUACUUGGAAGGGUUUCCUGAGCUUGCUGUAGAGGGAAACACCCCAAGCAGAGAGGAGACAGUGUGUAACUGUUAUCACAGCUGCUAUUUACAGUCUUUAUGAAACAUGAUGCAUCAGGAGCCUUGAAGAAUCAAGCACCCAGAGGAUAAACUACUUUGAUACCUGUUGUAUCUAUAUUGGCUGAUGUGCUGGACUCUGGGAACACAGGCCUUUUUGCGCACCAAAAAAAAGACUUUUCAUGGGUUAACUCCAUCUCAAGUUUUUACCUGGCUGUAGAAACUGACUCCCCAGAACACUCACUGAGGAAGAACUGAGAACGGGUGAGCAUAAAGAAUCUGUUUCUUUUACCUCUUGGUGCUCCUGAGUAAAGAAUAUCACUUAAAAAUUGCGUGAUGUGUGAUGAGUUGGAGAUUCUGAACAGGGAGAUUGAAAGGUUAUUACAGAGCAGCAGCGUGGAAGAAGGCACUUUUAACUCAGACUGUCUUCAGCCAUCAGUGACUGACUCCUUGGAUGUAAUCACUGAUUCAGACAAUGGAGCAAAAUGCAUAUUAGAGCAGGUGUCAGCAGGAAAAGGACGAUUUUCGGUAUUUGGUCCUGCUGACAGCUCAAAGACUCAGUCUGGCGCGUCCGAAUCAGGAAAUUCAGCAUGUGCUGAAAGGAUAAUGCUGAAUGACUCUGAUCCUUUGCUGCCCUCAUCUGGCUCUCCUUUUCAUUCGUCACAACAGGGAGAAACCAUUCAAACUUCUAAUGCUGUGUCAGUAUUUCAGGGUGGGGAGAGUGGUGUCUGUGCUAUGGAACAAGCUGUAAGCUUACAGCCAGUGUCAUUGGAAUCUGAAUCUAAUACUGAUAACAUGGAAAACAGUUCCCCUGCAUCAGCUUUGGAUGAAAAAGGUGAGCAAAGCAAUGAGGAGGAACAAAAAACUAUCAAACCUACAAGCAAAGAGUUCAGGAAAACCUGGGGUUUUCGAAGGACUACAAUUGCCAAGAGAGAAGGUGCAGGAGAUAUUGAUAUGGACUCUAGUGAACAACAGCCGCAGCAGCAGCAACAAGGCUUAAACCUCAGGCGUAGUGGACGACAACCAAAGCGAACAGAAAGAGUGGAAGAAUUUCUUACAACAGUAAGACGCAGAGGAAGGAGGAAUGCUCCUAUUGCUCUGGAAGAUUCAAGUGAACCUGCAUCCUGUCCAGCCACAGAUGCUGAAACCGCUUCAGAAGAUAGCGUCGAGAGUGCUUCAGAUAUAAAACCUGUGACUCGGAGGAGUGGCACUAGGAGUAGUAAGGAUCAAAAAGGCUCUAAAAGCAGACGCACAAAAGACGAAGAGGAGGAGGAGGAAGAGGAAGAAGAGGAAGAAGAUACUUCUGAUAGCGACAGCGAUGGGUUAACACUAAAGGAACUGCAGAAUCGACUAAGAAACAAACGUGUUGAACAGAAGCCUGCUCAACUGACACUGAAAGAUAUACAGAACCGCCUGAGAAAAAGACCUUCUGAGCAAGAUCCUACAGAAACGGGUGAUGUCCAGCCUGAAAAUCAAGUUAAAGCUGAAUUACCUGUCAAACAGGAGCCUGAGAUUAUAGAUGGCACUGAGGUUGCAAGUCAGGUUACUGUGUCUGAGGAAAACACUGAAGAUCUUCAGGUUCAGAAGGAGGUAAAGCCUACUGUUGGAGUAAAAGGGGUUACAGACGAAGGACUUGAAGAAUUGCCCAAAGGAAAACCAGAAUCUGAGAUUUAUGACCCCAAUGCGCUGUAUUGUAUCUGUCGUCAGCCUCAUAACAACAGGUUUAUGAUUUGUUGCGAUAGAUGCGAGGAAUGGUUUCACGGUGACUGUGUGGGUAUCUCUGAGGCUCGAGGGCGGCUGUUGGAGAGGAAUGGUGAGGACUAUAUCUGUCCAAACUGCACCAUUCUCCAGGUACAGGAUGAGCCUAUUUCAGAAACAGAGCAGCAGGAAGAUAAAGCAAGUCAAAUAAAUGUGGACGGUAUGGAAUUCACAAGCAUAGGAACAGUUGAACAAAAGUCUGUUGAGGACCAAGGGAUCAAGGGUAGGAUUGAAAAAGCUUCAAAUCCAAGUGGGAAGAAAAAACUCAAGAUAUUUCAACCUGUAAUUGAAACUCCUGGUGCGUCAAAGUGCAUUGGUCCUGGCUGUUUUAACGUGGCUCAGCCUGAUUCUGUGUACUGCAGCAAUGACUGCAUUCUCAAACAUGCUGCAGCCACCAUGAAGUUUCUAAGUGCGGGCAAAGAUUCAAAAACAAAACCUAAAGAGAAGGUCAAAUCAAAAUCUGAAAAACCCAGCGUGCCAAAAACUCAGCUGCAGACAGGUACUAAACCUCUUUCAAACCAGAAGAGACAAUAUCCUGAGAAAAGAGAGAUGACCAUGAAGAAGGUUUUGACAUCUGCCAAGACUGAGGCAAACACUCAACCUUACGCUAAAGAGCCAGCAGUAGAAAACAGCACACCUUCCUGGGCAAGCGAUCAUAAUUACAAUGCUGUAAAGCCUGAAAAGACUGCUGCCAUUUCAUCUUCACUGUUGUUCAAAUCUCAAAAGGAAGAGAAGAGAAAUGAAGAUAAAGCAACAGAGUUUAUAGGGGCAUCAAAGAAAGCUAUUGCUUCAGCAUCUAUGGCGGAGAAGCACACAUCUUCCCUCACUAAAAAUUUUCCUACAAAGAAGUCCCCAUCCUUCUCUAGCACAUCACUAAUUAAGCAGCCACUUAAACCUGCUGGGAGUUUCAAAGGUGUAAUUCCCAAGAAACCAUGGCCUUCAACAGGCGGCGUUCCUUCAAAACAUUCAGCUUUUUCACAUGACUCGUCGGGUUCCAAAAAACCAGCUGCAUCCAGUUUGGCUGGAGGACUCAAAAGGCCUUCGCCGUCUUCCAUUUCUACUGCAUCUGGAAGUAGUCAAGCGAAAACACAAGCUAGCCCUAUCCAGUCACAGCCCAACUCGCAGAUUCGACAAAAUAUUCGUCGGUCCCUAAAAGAAAUUUUAUGGAAGAGAGUCAAUGAUAGUGACGAUCUGGUCAUGACAGAGAGUGAAGUAGGGAAAGUAGCACUCAAUAUUGAAAAGGAGAUGUUUAAUUUGUUUCAAGUUACGGACAACCGAUACAAGAGUAAAUACCGUAGCAUCAUGUUCAAUCUCAAGGACCCAAAAAAUCAGGGACUUUUUCAUCGUGUUCUUCGUGAGGAAAUCUCACUGUCAAAACUAGUGAGAAUGAAACCGGAAGAACUUUUAUCUAAAGAAUUGUCUGUAUGGAAAGAGAAACCAGCCAAAGCAAUGUUAGAGUCAAGAAACAAAUCACACGAGAUCAAGAAAACAGCUGUAAAACGGGAACACGUGCCAGAUGUAAAUAUGGAAGAUUCUCCCCCAGUGUCUGAUUCUGAUGAGCAGCAAGAGUCAACCCGAACUGUACAAAAUGUAAAUAGCGCUCCUUCUCUAGAUGUUUUUAGCAGUAUGUUGAAGGAUACAACAAAUCAACAUCGAGCCCAUCUUUUUGACCUGAACUGCAAAAUCUGUACAGGUCAGAUUUCAGCGUCUGAAGAUGAGCUGCCACUGAAGAAGUCAAAGUUAGCGGCUUCUGUUAAAAAAGCAGAGUCAAAAUCUAAACCAGAAGUUCAGCCAAAAUAUGAAAGUUCUGCACCAUCAUCAUCAUCAGAGCCUGCCAAAGAGGCAGUAUCUGAAAACACAGAGGAAACUGAAGUUGGACCUGCAGCAGAAGCAGUUUCCCAGUCAAGCUUAGAAAGAACUUAUAUUCCUACAACUCAAGGCCAUAACAACACAGAUUCUUCAUCUGAAGAACCUUCGACUUUUCCUGCCUCUUGCACUGGUGGAGUUGUCACAACUGUAACAGUUUCUGGUAGAGACCCUAGAACAGCAAUGAGCAGCUCCUCUGGUACGAUGACGACAGCCCUACGUUCUGGUACUGCAUCUGAUAAAGUUUCAACAGGGGAAACAAAGCAGGAAAUGUCAAAACCAGUUAUGACUGUCCCCAAAUCAAUAUUAACAAAACCAUCGUCCUCACCAGAUCCAAGAUACUUAGCUGUUCAUCAGUCACCCAAUAUCAGUGUUGCAGAGCCCCGCUCACCUCAAGACAGCGAUACUUCUCUCUUCCUCUCUCGCCUCAACACCAUUUGGAAAGGAUUUAUUAAUAUGCAGAGUGUGGCCAAAUUUGUCACUAAAGCAUAUCCUGUCUCCGGGUGCUUUGAUUAUCUUAGUGAGGAUUUACCAGACACGAUUCAUAUUGGUGGGAGGAUCUCACCGAAGACAGUCUGGGAUUAUGUUGGCAAACUCAAAUCUUCACUUUCUAAGGAAUUGUGUUUGAUUCGUUUCCAUCCUGCCACAGAAGAAGAAGAAGUUGCCUAUAUCUCUCUCUACUCCUAUUUUAGCAGUCGUGGUCGUUUUGGUGUUGUAGCUAAUAACAACAGACAUGUCAAGGAUCUCUACCUGAUCCCACUGAGUUCUAAGGACCCAAUUCCUUCCAAACUCUUGCCCUUUGAGGGACCAGGUCUCGAGUCUUCACGUCCGAAUUUAAUUCUUGGAUUGGUUAUCUGUCAGAAAGGGAAGCGUCUUGCUACUAGCAUGGAUACAGACAAAAUAGAGGAAAAGCGCAGCCGAAUUCAAGUGCAAGAGGAAACAGAAACAUCACUGUACUCUAAGGGGCCAGUAGCUUCUUCACAAGAAAAGAAAACUCUGAAAUACACAUUGUAUUCGGGAGAUUCAGCUGUAAGUACAACACCACCUGGAUCUCCUCCACCUCCACCCCCACUUCCCGUUCCAGAAACCUCAUCAGUUACACCUUCAGUAUUAAAAAUACUGUCCUCGAUUAAAAGUGGAACCACAAGUGCUGUAACGCCACCAGUUUCAGCUACUGCUUCUGCAAGUACUACUGCUACACAUUCUUCAUCCUCAAAAACUGCCACACCUCUUGAGCACAUCCUCCAGACACUUUUUGGAAAAAAGAAGACUUUUGAACCUCUUGCUAAAGACUCUGAAACUGUCCAGUCUUCAAAUCAGGAAGCUCAAGCAGCUGUUGAUGGAGGUGUUUCAGCUGUUCCUUUGCUAGAUCCCAUUGUACAACAGUUUGGACAGAUGUCAAAAGACAAAGCUAUAGAAGAUGAGGAGGAUGACAGGCCGUAUGAUCCCGAAGAAGAAUAUGAUCCAGAGAAAGCUUUUGAAAUGCAGACUGGUGAAAGCGAAAAACUAUAUAGUGUGGAAAAGCCCAGUAAUGCAGCAGAACUAGAGGAUGAGGCCUAUGAUCCAGAAGAUGAAACUAUCUUGGAAGAAGCAAAAGUUACUGUUGAUGAUUUACCUAACAAAAUGUAUACAGACACUAAAAACACUUCUAUGGAAACAUCUGCUUCAUAUGUGCCUGAUUUAUCUGCAUCUUCAUCCUUGGUAGAACAGCAAAAAAUGUUAGAAGAAUUAAACAAGCAAAUAGAAGAGCAGAAACGACAGCUAGAGGAGCAAGAAGAAGCCCUCAGACAACAAAGAGCAGCUGUUGGUGUUUCAAUGGCUCAUUUUUCAGUAUCUGAUGCUCUAAUGUCACCACCACCAAAAUCUUCCCUAAUGAAGACCGAAUUGUUCCAUCAGGACCAACAAGCUGCGCAAAAAGUAGAUUUACCUUCGUCUUCAAAUCAGCAAGCACAACUUUUAAACCAGAGCUGUGACCCACGGCAGAAUAGAGAUCCUCGACAAGCUAGAAGAAUGGCAACAGAAACUAAUGACAGCACUGACUCUCGAAUAAAGCCACAGGCAGCACAGAAUGAGAUAUCCACAAGAGAAAUUUCUCAAGCAAGUUUUCCAAAUGCUUUGCAGACUUCGCUUGGUAAGGAAGAUAAAACCUUAAUUUCUGCUACUCAGCUUAGUUACAGUGGUGAUAAUUGGGUUUCAAGUGAAAAGGCUUCUACAGUGUUGCAGAAAGAGGCACCUAGUAGCAAAUUUGAAAACACUGCUCAAGUUAAUUUGGAAAAUGUGAGUCAAACAGUUUCUGGAGAACCUUCUACAUCCAAACCUUUACGUAAAGUGCUGCUUCCGACACCUCCAAGUACAUCUUUUCAGCCUAAUUUCUCCACAUCUAACGACAGUCAGUCUUUGCAAGAUAUGCAUAAAGUAUCCUGGUCAAAUGAGGCAAAUACAAUGUUUACUUCUCAGGAAAAGGCAGCUGGUCACUUUGAACCAGACAGGGGUCUUUCUGCGGUGCAAUAUGAAGAUCAAAGAAACCCUCAGUCUCAUCAAUUUGUAGAACAAACUGAAUCUCCAUCAGUUCAGAGUGAGGGUGGACCUCUCCCACAGCACUUUGAGGAAAACCGAGCUGGAGGUCCAUUUUCUUUGUCUGGGCAGAAAGGAGGACCUCCAACACUGAUGCUCAAUGCACCCGGAGGACCUCAUGGACCUAAUUUUAGAGGACCAGCGCCACAGUUCUCAGAAGAGCAUGGUUCUCCAAAUAACGAUGGACAAAGAGGACCUGCCCCUGGAAGAUUUGGAGGUCAGAAGGGUCCCAUUCCUUCCUUAUUUUCUACACAGCAUGGACCACCACCUCUGUUUGGUGAUAAUAGGGGCCCUGCUCCGUCUUAUCACGGUGUUCCAAGAGGAAUGUCACCAUCUCAGUUUGAAGAUCGUAGGGAACCUCACAUGGAACAAAGGGAAUUUUCAGAUUCCCAAUAUAAUGAGAUGAUCAGGCCUCCAGGACAGUUUGAAGGACCUGAUCAACCUCAGUUUAUGGGAAACAGAGGACCUUCGCCUUUUCCUUUUGGAGGUCAAAGACGACCUGCACCAGCUCAGUUUAAAGGACAGAGAGGAGGUCCGCAGUUCGGAGGGCCUAGAGGUCCAGCCCCUAGUCAUUUUGGGGGACCAAGAGGGCCUCACCCAAAUCAAUUUGAAGGGCAAAGAGGUCCAGCUCCAAAUCAUAUACCUGGCCCACGAGGACUUUUGCCACAGCCAUUUGAAGAACGGAGAGGAGGGAGUCCACCACCCAGGUUUGCCAACCAGAGAGGUCCAGCACCACUUCAGUUUGGAGGACCAAGAGGCGCCACACCUGCAAUGUUUCCAGAACAAAAUGAACCUCCCCCUUCCAGAUUUCAUUUCCAAGGUCAGUCACCACAAAAUAUGAAGCCAACCCCAAGACCACUCCUGGACCUUCCAAGUCAUCCACCAGCCCACAGAAAGGAGAUGUGGGAGGAAGCUGGGCCGUCUGCACCUCUUUCUGGUAUUUCUGGACAAGGGCCUGAGUCAGAAGGACAGUGGUCAGGAUCUGACUUCCGAGAAGGCAAAAAUCUUGAAUUUAGAGGCCAGACAUUUGAAGGGAGACAGAGAGAGAGAUAUGAAGGAGGAAAUAAAGACAAGGUUUUAGAUCAGCCAGAGCCUCAGCAAGCAGAUAAUCGACAAAGUAGACCCUUUGAGGAAAGACGAAGGGAUCGAGAACAUGGCAGACCUUGGGAAAGAGACCGUGGCAGAAACUGGAACAGAGACAGGGACUGGGAGAGACACAGAGACAAAGAAUGGGAUAAAAACAGAGACAGAAACCAAAACAAAGAUAGAGAGAAAGACUCAGAGCGAGGUAAAGACUGGGAAAGAAACAGAGACCGAGAGAGAGCAAGAACCAGAGAGAGAGAAUCCUACAGGAGACGUGACAGAGAACGAUCAAGAAGCAGAGACAGAGAUCGUGACAGAGACCGAGACCGGGAUCGAAGCAGGGAAAAAGAAAGAGAUCGAGACAGAGAUCGAGAUCGUGAAAGAGGGAAAGAUCGGAAAGAUCGGAGUAAAAGUAGGGAGAUCGGUAAAGAGAUGAAGCCAGAAACACCUAAAGAAAGUCAGAAACCAACAGAAGCAGAAGCUUCAUCUUCCACUAAUCAGUCAUAGAACUAUAAUUGCUAUUAUAUUUCCCGUAAAUAAUAUACAACACUGCAAGGACUGAGUCAAUGUCUUCUGUAUAUACUGUAUAUUCUCACCUUUACAAAAAUGCUGUUGUAAAUCUAGCCUUACAAAAUGUACUGACAAAUUAGCAAUUUUUGAACAACUGUGAAUGAAAAUAUUCAAAUAGGUAAAAGGCAAGAACAUACUGGACUUUCACUUGCUGCAUUUUGUGCAUAAUGUUUUUCUUAAAAAACUUCACAGCGUUACCUGUUCUGAAAUUUUGUUUUUUCUACUUGCAUCUUUAUCUUAAAAUUUCCAUUACAGUACAGAAAUGGAAAAAGUCUAAGAAGAGCAUAUUGCUUUUUAAAAUUAUAAAGUUAUGUUUUCCAGUAACUUGAAUUGUAAUUUUAUAAGAGAAUUUAAUCAAGACCUUAGGAGCCAUACCUUUACAUCUCAUGUAUGUGAUAUUUUGGUGUCAAAGUUGUUCCUACAGCACACGCUUUAAAAAAGGAGUCAAAUAUUGCUGUCUUGUUUAUUUUACAAUGGAAGGGUCAUGCGUAUUUCGGAAAAGGCUGCCGAAGAACAGUGUUAUUAAUUAUUGGAUGGAGGAUUUGAAAAUGGAAUGUUAUAAGCUUAAAGUGCACUAUCUUCCUUUUUAUAUACAGUUAUUUUGUGUUUUGAAAUCCAUCUGUUAAGUGUACAACAAAGAAACAAGCCGUACUUAGUUUUUCAUGAGGAUGAGGGGUUUUUAAUUUCACAUUUUUACAAACCUGCAAUUAAAGAGUAUAUAAAAGUUGCACCUUUAUAACCAGCAAAAAAAUUUAAAAAAUCAGAUAUUUAUUGGCAAAGAGCUAAGACUACGAAUUAAUUGGUAUACCAAAGGAAAGAAAAAGAAGUUUAUUAAAUAGGCCAUUAAAUCUAUUUAUUUGAUUGAAAUGAAUUACAUGGAGCAUUUCUUGGGUUUUGUUUUGGCAGAACUUCAGUGGAGAUUUAAGAAAUGUCUCCAUUUUUCUGUACUUUCCACUCUAAAAGUGUUUUGCUCCUGAAAAAAAAAAAAAAAGUGUCACUGUUGUCAGACCCUGCUUAUGCUGGUAGUGUAUAUAAGACUGUCCACUGAAAAAGGUAUAAAACUGCAUUAAGCUUGAAAAUAAGAUCGGUAAUACUUAAUGUUGUGAUUCAAGAGGGAAAUUUUUCACUGUGAAAUACAUUACACUGCUACUUUUCAUGUAUUCUUCAAGUAUGUAACUCUAAAGAAUGAAAUAAAGACCCUGCUGGUUUACAUUUUGACCAUGUAAAUUAACAGUUGCAUAAGUAUUUUGAUAUUUUUAUAAAAUAGUUUUGCAAAUGUAAAAUUAGAUUCCUAUAAACAUUUGCAUCUUGAAGUCUACAUUACAAGUAGCAUGUAUGUCAUGUAUCUCACUACAGAUUUUACAGUUCACAUUGGUGCAUCUUACAAGUCCUUAUACAUCAAGGAUUUGCUGGUUGAAAUGAUCGUCUGUAUUCUGAACCUGUAGACAAAAUGUUAAAAUGCAAAGAGGCGGUAUUAAAUGCAAACAUCUACUAUGGUGUAAGAUUUUUCUUAAUGAGAUGUUUCUAAUUUAAAGACAUACAUAAAAGUAUGCAAAAAGCAAGUGUGUUUGUUUAGGUUUACUUGAUAGAAAUUUCUGUAAAUUGUAUUUUAUAUGACAAAAUAUAUCACUGUACAUUAAAAUAUGGGACUUCACAGGUUUUUGUUACUAUAAGUAGAAUAAACAUCUACAGUGAAA